AAAGCAGGGCUAACCGCUUAAUUGAUGUAAGGUCCUACGAGUUCGCCGAAGGAUAAAGAUAGCAAUGAAGCAACAUAAGCGCCGAUGACUUCCAUGUACACCGGUUGAAUGUUGUAAAGGCAUGUUGCGGAAACAAAGCCCUAGUCAAGGAGUUGUGAGGAAGCCCAAGGAGCGGAUUCUUCAAACCAGAGCUAAAUGGAACAUAUCGAGAAUGUUUCCUUCAAGCUUCAUGCCAAUGGGCCUAUCUUUCUACCGAUUUAAUGUGACGCGUUCAACCAGGCGGGCAGAUGCUGGCAUGAUACAGCAAGGACACCAGAAAUUUGAUCUCGGAUGCGCUUUGGUAUUACUGAGCGGCAACACCUUACGCCGCUUGAGUUCAGUAAGUGCUGUGAAGGUAUGGAAAUCGUCGUGGAUGUUAUGUUCUAGAGGAAGGAGGUUUUCUGAUCCUAGUUGCCUGAACAGGAAGAGAGAAGUCACCAAGCCCAGUAAAGACACAGCCAUUAUUGAAACAUCUUCUACGGAGCAGCGUUCCAGGAGAUUCGCGCUCAAAGACUCGGCACCGUGCCAUAGGCAGCCGCCGCGUAUUUAGAUGAAAAGUAUUCUUCACGAGAUCAACCCUUGGUCUAGCGCCCCGCCGUUUUUAUUGAUACGUUUUGUCAAUAUGUACGGAUUUAGAGUAUACAACUCAGGAGGGGAUCAUAUAGCGUGUGCAGAGUGGCAAAGA